AUGCGCUUCUCACACCCGGCCUCGCUGGCCACAUGGCUAGCUGGCGUCUCUCUGGCUGAGGCGCAAGCUCAGUUCCUGGUCGACCAACUCAGUUUCGGCUACACAGGCAGAAUAAAUGACAAGGGCCAACAAUCCGUCCCGCUCUUCUCCAUCCAGGGCCAGCCCGACGUGCCAGAGGUCCUGUCCAACAAGCUCAUUCUCACACAGCCGUCCCCCGGUAACGCCAGGGGGGCCGUAUGGGGAGACAACCCCAACAAGUACAAGGAAUGGGUCGCCGACGUCGAGUUCAGGGUCAACGGGCCGGAGCGCGGAGGCGGCAACCUCAACAUCUGGCUGGCGAGACGGGGCCUGCAGGACGUGGGCACGGCCAGCGUAUACAAGGUCGGCAGGUUCGACGGCCUGGCCCUGGUCAUCGACCGGUCGGGAGGCGGCGCCGGCAUGGUAAGGGGUUUCCUCAACGACGGCACCACCGACUACAGCACCCACCACAGCGUCGACAGCCUGGCCUUCGGCCACUGCGACUACAGCUACAGGAACCUGGGCCGCCCGUCGCAGAUCAAGCUGCGCCAGACCCAGCACAACUUCAAGGUCGAGGUGGACGGGAGGACGUGCUUCGAGAGCGACAAGAUCCAGAUCCCCCCUGGCUACAACUUUGGUAUCACGGCCGCCAGCGCUGAGAACCCGGAUUCGUUCGAGGUCUUCAAGAUGGUGGUCAUGACCGAGGAUCUCAACGCGCAACACGAGGUCUCGCCGCAACAGCAGGCCAACCAGCAGCAGCAGCAGCAGCAGCAGCAGAACUCCUGGGCCACGCCCCCCAACCCCGGCGGCCACGGUCACGAGAAGAACAUGCCCGUCGACGAGCGCGGCUGGGAGAAGGACAUUGCCGACGCCAGCGCCGACUCCAUCACCAGCUCCAAGGCCCAGUUCGCGGACCUGCACAACCGGCUGCAGAGCGUGAACCACCACCUGUCGACCAUCUUCCGCGUCGUGGCCGAGCAGAGCUCCGUCGGCGAGAAGCGCCACGAGGAGACGUCGCAGGGCAUCCACGACAUCAAGCAGCUCCUGGACAAGCUGGGCAAGAUCGACGCCAUGCAGAACCAGAUCCUGUCGCUCGAGCGCGAGGUCAAGGCCAUCCGCCAGGACACGGCCAACAAGGUCAAGGACUCGGAGAACGCCAUCAAGAAGAUGCUCGGCAGCUCCCACGGCGACAUGCUGCUGCACGUCGCCGACAAGGCCACCCCCAAGCACGGCAAGCUCAUCUUUGUCAUCAUCGGCAGCCAGGUCGUCCUCAUUGCCGCCUACAUCUGGUACGAGCGGAAGAAGACCCUGCCCAAGAAGUACCUUUAG